AAUUUUAAUUACCGAGCAUUUUAAUCACAAGACCUAUUAUAUUUAUCGGAAGACAUUGGUAACUAUUAGUUAUUUAUAUAUAUCGAUGGCACCUCGUUCAACAGCUCAAAGAAGACUCUUGAAGGAGUAUCAACAACUCUCAAGAGAUCCUCCACCAGGAAUUAUAGCAGGACCCUUAUCAGAAGAUGAUUUAUUUAAUUGGGAAUGUCUUUUAGAAGGUCCAACGGAUACUCCAUAUGAAAAUGGUGUAUUCCCUGCUAUAUUACAUUUCCCAAAGGAUUAUCCUUUGAGUCCUCCAAAUUUGAAAUUUGAUCCUCCUUUAUUACAUCCUAAUGUAUACGCUGAUGGUAAUGUUUGUAUAUCUAUAUUACAUCCUCCUGGUGAGGAUCCAAAUCAAUAUGAAAGACCUGAAGAAAGAUGGUCACCAGUUCAAAGUAUUGAAAAAAUCUUAUUAAGUGUCAUAUCUAUGUUGGCUGAACCAAAUCCAGAAAGUGGAGCUAAUAUUGAUGCUUGUAAAUUAUGGAGAGAUGACAGAGAAGAAUACAAUAGACAAAUAAGGGAACACGUCAGGAAAACUUUAGGAUUUUAGGUUGGCUAAUCAUAGUAAAAGUAUAUAUGUAAUAUAUUUAUGGCCAAUAGAUAAUUAAUUAUUUAUAGAACGAAUAAUUAAAACUAGUGAAUAGUAAUCGUAGAUAUCAAAUCGAAAUCGAGAUCGAACAAUAA